AUGUGCAUAUGCGCAGGCGACUUCAACGUACAGCUAAGCAGACUUGAGGAUUUGGUGGGAGACUCCACUUCAUUACGACCAGGUCAGGUUCAAGCCGUCAUCGCCGUGCACACACAUAUUCCCAUCAGGGUCGCGUCCUGGCGUAUCUCUGGACAACACAGGACACGCCCAUACGACGUGGCCGCUCUCAGAGCCGCUGUCGGUACCCCGACAGGAGCUCCAAGCAGCAACAACACGCCUAUCAACAUCCACAGGCCUCCAGGAGAGCCAGAACGGACAGACUGGACUCUCUUCUUGCGGAGGCAGCGCCACACCCGAGUGCAGAUCUGGGGCGAAGAUGGCACGUUUCUGUCGAUAGCUCAGGAGGCUGAGGAACUCCGCAAACAUUUCCGUGAAGUGUUCGAGGGAGAUGCCUGGACCCCCCCUUCGGGUGUUUUUCCGUGUCCGCCCUCGGCAGUGGCGUUACAUGAUGCUAUGAAACGUGUACCUUUGAACAAGGCUACGCCUCCGCACAUAGCGCCAGGCCCCGCGUGGCGCAUUGUUGCGCCUGCUAUUGCACCUCACGUAGCAGCCAUCCUUGACGAAUGUUGGGUGGAGCAUCAACAGGUUCCAGAACUCUGGCGAGACGGGUGGCUCAAACUUAUGCACAAGGCCUCCAAGAAAGGGCGCAGACCUGAACACUACAGACCAUUGUGCUUGUCUGACCCCAUUGGCAAAGCGGUGCUAGGCAACGUCAAGAGGUGUGGGGAUAUUCGGCUUGAGGCCCAGAAAGCCGCGCCAAGUGUGUACGAGAGAUAUGCAAACCGGCGCAGCGGCGACAAGUCCGCAUCCAAGCCCUACGUUAACCUCAUCCUUUCCUGGUUGCAGGCCACCUACCAUAUUGAGCACCACGGUGUCGACAUCAACAUUCGCACCACGCGCGGGGAGCACUUGGUGAUUUAUGCUGACGAUUUCCUAUCGUCUUGGCUCUUCUCGGACAGGCCAGGCCUGCUGAAGGCGCUGCGGGAAAUACCAACUCUAUUGACUGGUCUCAGGCAGUUUGGCAUGCGAAUCAACCUCUCCAAAACAGCUAUGCUUGUGCGCGUAGCCUCUGCGGAGGGCCGGGCACUUAUUCAGGAGCAUAUGGUCAAGAAACAACAGGGCACCUUUCUCCGUGUUCAGGGUCUCAGGGCCGAGUUGCUCCCCGCCUUGGUCUAUGGGGCUACUUGCUACGGUCUCACCGGUGCCAUGAUGCUGAAACUGCAGGGGGUCUGUGCUACACAUCUGCGCUCUAUCGCGAGACUACCCAGACACAUCACACAUGUGCCUAAUGAUGAAUUGUACAAGCGACUCCACCUGCACUUACCAGGUCCUAGUCUCCAGCAGAUCGCCACACAGUUUCAUGAGAGGCUGCUCCAAAACGAUCUGUUGCAACUGGGACCGGGCUCACCUUUUGCUCCCAUGUGUCGACAACUCAGGCUCGCGACGGAUCGCAAUCAUGCUGCUGCUGUACACCUAACUGUUGUCCCCGCCUGUUCAGUAGGUGUAGCCUGCCCUCACUGCGGCGUGUACUUCCUCAACAAUCGUGCUGUUAAGACACAUGUCGCAAUUAAACAUCCGGAGGUCGAGAAGCCGAAACCUGUGGCCGUAGAUCGCUCGACUGCUGCACUUGGUGGACUGCCCGUGUGUACAGGCUGCGGUCACAACUUCUGCAGCUGGCAAAAACUUCAUAACCACAUUGCUCUUGGUCGCUGCACUGGAGCCGGGAUGCCAACACCAGUUGACACACCGCUGCCAUUCUCGCAGCAACACGCUCUGCUAGACAAGUUGAUGCAUCAUGGUCAUCUUGCAGUACUUGAGUACCUGAACGGUGACCCCCAACGUCGCGAAGAGUUGCUACAUCACUGCUGCGUGUGUAGGCAAUGGUUCUCUGACCCCAGACGUCUUAAGACCCACAUUGCCUGUACCCAUAAAGAGCUUCACCAGCUUCACGCAGAGCGUGCAGUUGCCAAUUGCGCUGCUCUUGAGCCUACAUUCUUGUCGCCAUGUCCUUACUGCAAGGCUGGCUUUACCAAGAAGUCCCGACAUGCCAGGGGUUGCACUGUCCUCUUCCAAAUUGCCUUCAGUGCCAGGCUCCGGCGAGGAGGAUCCGACAAUGCAGCAACUCACGCUAUUUCAGCACAUGCUUCCAGCUAUGGCCGAGGCGAUGAAGUUGAACAACAAGCAUCCCCUGGAACCGAAGCCUGCAGAAACACCACAACCGCCACAGAAGUUUCACAAGGGAGGCAAAGGCAAGGGCGAGCGCAAGGGCAAAGGCCAUCAACGAUCCAAGAAUGGUUCCACGCAGAUGGCCGUCGACUCAGAUCAGAAACUCAGGGAGUCGAUUCAACUCAUGGCGGUGAUGUGUCUGCGCUUAAGCGAUCAAGUCAACCUGUUGCUGCUGGACAGGGGUUUCAUCCUGUACUGCAAGGUUCAGGCUCCGGAGUCCCUACUAUCAAACUUGUUCGCCAUAAGCCAAAGUUGGAAAGCGGCCAGGGAAGAAGGCAAAACCGUGGCGUCCCUGCGGGUGACGCUGUGGCAAUGCCUUUUCAGCGAGCUGCUGGCUCGUGUACGCAAGUUGGAUCAAGAUGUGGCGUUAGUAAAGAAGACCAUCGCGACGGGGUGGAUCAGCAAGCAGGAAGGACAGGAGGUCAUGUGGAAGUACAUGCAGUGGGACCCGCAGUCGAAGAGCGAAAAGGUCAUGCCGGAGAGGGGGCCGUUGCCGCAAUCAGAUGUGGUGGAGGCACUGCAAACAAUUGUGAACACAGCGACGGGCGAAACACUACAGAGGUUUCACAGCAUCAAGCCGCAAGCGGAAACAUACACCACGGAACAGGUCCAAUUCCUGGUGGAGGUGAGCAAUCGCGGAGACCAUGCGCAGAAACUCCACGAAGCACUUUGCAUCAUUUGCCAAAGCACGGUGAUGAACUUCGUGGGCUGCAAGCUGCGCCGAGAGCGAAUCAAGCGGAAUGCAGCGGCAACUCGUCUGAGCCAGAUGCUUGGGCGAACGUGCGCGCCCUAGCACUUCAAAAUCCCGGUCAACAUUGCUACAUGAACAGCUUUGCUAUUUCCUGGAUUUGGUCUAUGCUGUAG